AGAACCAAACUGUAAGCCACUGUCUGCUGUUUAUGAGAGAACGCGUUGGACAAAAACAAUAGCCUUUUUAUCGGUUCUUGCUCUUCACGCACCGACAGAGAGAUUCACGAUAACGAGGCUGAGGACCAAGAGCUGCUUUCAUGCAGCCUCAGUGAUGAGACGAGGGGCUCACAGCGGCGGGCGAGAUUGGCCAGCUGUGAUUGGUCGAGCCUGGUGAAGGGGCGGGGUGUUUGUGCGUGUGCAUGUUUGUGUCUGCAGUCAUACAGACGCACUGUACUCCAAGGAGGAUCUGACGGCGAACAGGGGCAACCUCAUCAUCCCAGUCUGAAAAGCCUACAGCGUUCAGGAGAAUGGACUUUAGCUUCCGUGAUAAUAAUGCAUGCGGAGCUCCCAAGCCAGGCCAGGACAGCCUGCUGAAGAAAGACUUUGUGGCUAGUCCAGAGGCAAAGAGCUUUGACAACAAAGCUGGUGAGAGGACAGAUGGGAAGAGUGAAGCCUUCCCAGGGUCUGGAUUCCUUUCUGGAAUGCCUGGGGGGCAGACUGGGAGCCAGUUUCAGGGUUUCCUAGGAGAAAGUCGCCCUGGGGCACCUGAAAAAACGCUCUUCAGCACUGACGUAUCAGGGUUCUCCCAGCCAGCAAUGAAUAUGAGUGCUAAUAUGAAUGUGGGCAUGGCCCCAUUCCAGUCCUCUAAACCUCCCAGCUUGGUUGAACCUCAGAAGACAUCUACUCUGCAUGCCAGUGAACCACCCAAACCAUUCCAGGCACAGAGUAAACCUUCUGACACAAGCCCUCAUAACACCUCGGACAACUCUGCAGUUUGGGGAAACCCUUGGACAGGUGAGGAUAUGCUCUCCACAGAGCUGUCCCAUUCCCCCAGCAAGCCAGAGCAGAGUCCCACUAAGCCUUUGGGUAUCCAAGGAUAUCAGGAUCAAGAUGCUACAGCUGAGAAAGAGUCAAAUGUGGGAGGCCAGCAGAAGCAGAAAAAAUGUGAUGAUAUGGAAGAGGUGCAUGGUCUCUUGGAAAGCCUCCGGUCUCCUGAGAAAACUGUAUCAAAAAGCACUGACCAGGGAGGCUCUUCACCCCCAAGUCCAGGGGAAAGCUGGAAGAGUGAGAUUCGAGAGUGGGGUGGAGGUCGGAUCCAAGCCAAAAAAAACAAGAGUAGAACAAAGCUCCCUGAAGAGUGGGCCACCGUGGCAAAUACCAGCAGUCCAUCUCCUCCACCUGGUCCCUCUAUGGUCACAGACAUGGACGUUUGCACUGCUUCUACCACUAGCAAUGAACAAGGGAGUGCACCAACUUCUAUCAGACCAGAUGCUACAUCUCUUACAACCACAGUUCAAUCAGCUGCCCCAACUGCAAGUCAGACAAAUGUUAUCUCACAAUCUACAAUUUCAGACCCUUCCCAAAGCACCCCAGUAGUAACUGCCUCCUCGCAUGUAUCCCUAGAUUUCACCUCUGGCUUUAAGACUACUGUAGGUUCCAUCCCUAGCCCACAGACCAGCACUACCUCCCUGAACAUUUCCACUAUGUCUGACCCCGUCCCCUCCCUUCCAGUCACCUCCAGCACUGUAGUAAGCCAAAACCCUGCAGCUUCGGCCUCCCUCACCUCAUUCACAAAGCACCAGGAGCCACCGCUGACAAAGUCCCCCCAACUGCAAGUGAAAGAAAGCUUGACUGCCAAAGACAAGACAGAGAAGGUGGAUACAACUGCUAGGAUGGAUACUUCCAGUACUCUUGGGAAAGCAGACAAGCCUGAAAAGACAGAGAAGACUGAUGCCUCCAUGAAGAAAGAGAAUUUGGACAAGAAUCAGGAGGCAGAGAAAAAGGACCAUAAACCUGAGAAGAACGAGAAAGUUGAGAAAGCUGAAAAAACAAACAAUGAAGGGAAAGAAGAGAAGAAGAAUGGCAGUGAAAAGGUGGACAAGAUGGUCAAAAAUGAGAAGAAUGAGAAGGCUGGUAAAGGGACAGUCAAGCCCACUACAGCUAAUGGAAAUAAAGAACUGAUCAGCCCUGACAACAAAGCUAAGGCAGACAAACAGAAUUCAGCAAAACCAAACUUGCAUUCCACUGGAGAAAAUUCAGCCAAUAAAAAAGGCCCUGCUUCCAAGACAACGACCCCUACCACUGGCACUAAGAAACCUUCUGGGACCACCUCUGCCCGUGAAGCAAAGACUCCAGAGAAUGAUGCUCCACCCCAGCGGAAGCCUCCUGUGCCAAAGUUUAAUGGCAGCACCAAGAGCAACACCCGCACUGGCCGGGGUUCCUCUGCUAAAAUCCCGCCGAGGACAACCCCUACCUCCUCCUCAGCGAAUGCCAAUACUCCAGCUACCAAUGGGAACUCAACCACUCGUCCAUCACGCAUCACCAAACCCCCUGUUCCCAAGCAGGUUCCAUUACCAAGGAAGCCUCCAGUGCCGCGAGCACCCCGUAACAAUCGAAUCACUAACGCCCCCCUGCCUGACCUAAAAAAUGUGUCUUCCAAGAUUGGCUCCACAGACAACAUGAAGUACCAGCCCGGUGGAGGCAAGAUUCAGAUAGUCCACAAAAAACUAGACUUCAGCCAUGUGACCUCCCGCUGUGGCUCCAAGGACAACAUCAAGCACACCCCAGGAGGAGGGAAUAUUCAGAUUCAGAACAAAAAGGUUGAUGUGAGCAAAGUGACCGCAAAGUGUGGCUCCAAGGACAACAUUAAGAACAAGCCAGGUGAUGGUGACGAGACGUCUCCUAAGACAAACAGCAGCCCCAAGGCCAAUGACGGAUCACCAGACGGUGUGAGCCAUAAACCCGAAGGCGAGCAAGUUAAGGCGGGGGGGCAACAGCAGAAAUCUGAGGGAAGCCCACCUGCCCCUGCUGCAAACCUCCCCAGUCAGGCAGAUAAAGCGGCUAAGGAGAGUGGGCUGAAGGAGGGUUCCUCUGCUGUUCCCUCUGGGGGGGAGGGGUUAUUGAACUCCCAGGGCCUGGACAAGCGUAUCACUGCGACAAACUGAGUCUUACAAGCUGAGCUUCCAAGAGGAUGCACAAGCUCACACGGACCGUGGCACCAAUAUCAUCUCCUGGUCCUCCCCGAGUGGCAGCCACCUCCCACCCACAUUGCAACACCUCUCGCAGUGUUUCUCUGGGGUCCACAGUCUCCCUCGUCUCAGUCCAGCCUGUCGCAUCUAGUUGCCAGGGAAUGGGUUCAAACCAGUACUCUAGCAGUACACAAGCUGACCCUUUAAAACCUGCAUUUAUCUCACCAUUGUCAACAGCUUCUUCUCUCUUCUUUAACCAUGUUCUCUGUUUCCCCAGAUAAACACAGAUCAGAUCUCAAGGCAAGGCUUUGACAGGUUUGUGGUUUCAUUCAGGAUAAUCCAUACUUGGUUUCCUUCAUGGACUUGUCUGAACGCAGGAUGUUGGUAGCCUCAUACAACCAUCCUGAAACAUUUUUUUGUUUACUUUCCACGUAGAUGCUUCUUCAGAUGCUGUUCUUGCUUUCCUUAGAUGUUCUGUUCGGGUCAGCAAUGCUAGUGGUGGAAUUUGAAAACAAGAACAAUGGCUGCACCAAAUGCUUAUGACCAUUUGGCAGCACCAUCACACAGACAGUGUGAAACAACAAAAAGCUAGACAGAAAUACAUUUAGUUUCAGGAUGUUUCUAUGAGGCUAGCAGGUUGGAGGUUAAGUAUGAAAUGGAAACCACUGGGUAGGAUUAAGUUUUUUUUGUCAGUACCAGUAUCCACUUCACUAUCCUCAACUGCCACUACAACCGUUAGUAUGUCAACACUACAGUGCGUUGCUCCAAGAUUAUAAUGAACCAGUAUUAUUUGGUCCCUUUGGCAGCAGGUAUCCAUGAGUGGAAAGUACAGAGUUCACUUCAGUUGUGUCUUGUUAAAUUAUUAUGGCUGUCAGUAAGCACCCACUAUUGCAAGCAUGCCAGACUGUGUGUUUAACCCAAUUAAAUCAACAAAUACCACCUACUCAUAAUGUUACCUCCGUACAUAGAACACUACUAGGCACUUGUAGGCUGUUUGAGUAGUAGGACAUUUACAGUUCCACUGUAAUGUGCAUAGGUUACAGUAACAAUGAGUCUUUACCUUGUCUGUCACUUCAGCGUUUCUCUGAUCUCUAGAAUAACUGAAUAAUUAGUUGAAUAUCAGGAUCGUAGUUUAACAGACACCUUCCCAACAUUUACUGUAGCACAGUGCAGAGAAAAAGUCCCACAUGCUAUAUGAGCAGGAGUAGAAGGAAGAGGCAGUAAGAAAAUAAACAUGAGAUGCUGCGGGACAUAUGAAGGCGUAUUAUGCAGGAGGGAAGCAUGCUGACGAAAAUACAAAAUCAGGUCCAUCUCACUGUCCAUGAUUAGGAGAUGUUCUGUAUGAUACCCAUUGAUAUGGUUGUGAAAGAAUUGAAGAACUAACUAAACUCAGCAUAUGACAAUGUGAUUGAGGGACAAUUCAUUACAUUUUAAUUCUAUUUAAUGUUGCAUUAAACUUGCCAAGUGGUAUCUAACUGAAUGCUGUUGGCCAGUUUAGUAUUUUAUUAAUUUGCCUGCAUCAUAAGGAUCUGCCGCAUAAUCAAAGGCAUAAAAUAUAAAAAUUAUACACCAGUUUGGCCAAGAGGUGUAGCAAAAUGUAUAUUUGACCGACCCCUUCAGUUCUAUUCAUUUUUCUUCUUUCAAAUUCCAAUUUGACACUUUUAGACUAUUUACACAUCUAUUUUGCAUUAGACCAGUGAUUUGUAGUUCAUUUCAAGUUCAUUUCAAGAAUCAAGAGGAAAAAACAUCCCAGAACUUCUCCACUACAGGUUUGAUAGAACUUGAAAACAUGAUAUCCCACUGAAUUAACUAAUACAGCACAGAAGCAGAAGGAAAGCCCCCCUAAAGUUUUCAAAAAGAAGAAAAGUGUUCAAAGUGCAAAGUUCAUGUGCUUAAAAAGGAUGGUUUUCAUGCUUAGAUGUUUCUAUGAAUGGUUCUUCAAACUGAUGGAGAAUGCGUUGUGUGGUUUAAUAUAGCACCAACUAGGAUUCUGCUAUUGGUAUGAUGUGAAUCUUGUAACAACAGAAGUACCGUGUUUGGUGCUAUGUAGACCUCUUCAAAAAAUUCUAUAUAGAAAUCAACACAUUUUCCAUAGAUCUGAAAGAAAAAAAAACAUUUAAGCAUGAAAAUAGUUCUUUGAAUGUUCAUGGUUCAAUACAAUCAUUGUCAACUGUAAUAAUUUUAUUUAGUUAUCUAUUGUCACCUUUUUUUGUUGUCAGCCCUGGUCUGAACUUCAUGUUUCAGCCAAGAUUUUUCAUUUCAGCGCAUCCCUAUUAUGGAGCUGAGCUAGUGGACUCUUUGUUAGUACUAAUAAACUUCAUUAAAAUAAUACUAAUAUACAUGAUUUAAAUCAGCCCCAGCAUAUUUAUAAACACAUUCCCUGGAAUAAAAAAAUCAGUCUCUUCAGUGAUAUACUAGAAACCUUGUUGGGAUACAGUGUAAAUGUAAAUCACCAAGAAGGCCUGUUUAGAGAAUAAACAUUUUGUGAAUGUCAAGGCACCACAGAGUGGAUUCAGAAUGCAGCAUAUACAUGUUGUGUAAUACCUGAGCCAGUGAGCCUGUGAAUAUAUUUACAGUCGUCCUGUCUGUAGCUCUCUUUGUGUCUUGUGUACAGUGCAGGGGUUGCAUAAGCUUCAGUGUGUAGUAGUCACACACUCACAGAUACAGGCAACGACAGUGAACGCCCAUACAGUGUUAUUAGAGUAUGCCACCCACCCCAGACCCACACAUUCACACACAACAGUUUUGUAAAUACACCCUCAAUGUUUCUGUUGUCACCACAAUGAUUAAAAGAUACUUGAUAGACUGAUACAGGGAUACAAAGAAAAGGUCUGCAGUCUGGACAGUUUCUCUGGACAGUAUUUUAUGAGUUAAAAAUACAAUGAAUGUUUACAGGUAUUUUUUUUUAUUAUUUCUUAACAAAGUAAAGGCAAAUGAAGGGGAAGAAAUAGCAAUGCUAGGUGUAUUUAGUAUGUGUGAAGAGACAAUCCAUUGUUAGGUGUUAGGUUAGAGAAUUUGUGCAACAGCAGCUUGUGUAAUGAUCAUGAUGCAGAGCAAAAACAAGUAGCAAUAAUUUAUCCUUCAGAAAAUUCAUUUCAUUUUCAUUUUGCCCAGAAAAGCAGCAGAAAUGUUAAUUUAUUCUUGAAUAUUAAAUAGAAUUGAAUAUAUUUUAUUUGUACUUGAGGGGCAAUUCAUAACAUAUAUGGGCAUAUAAACAUAUGACACAAAUAUAUAAUAGAGAGACAUGUACUCACAACUAAAGGCCAACGACACAUCAGAAUACAGAAACAGAAACCUCCCACCUGUUCAACACGAACUCAUCUUGUGAGCAGGGAGAGUUCCUGUAAGACAAAAGUAACCAUCUCUUAUGACUCUGUUAAACAUCAUGCUUCAUUUCACUGCAGUCUGUGGUCAGUUUACACAAACCUGCACCAUCCGUUAGGACACAAAAGCACACUGAUGCAGAAUCAGGCAGGGUGAAGGAAAGUCAAUGAGUUACACAUUUCUUUGAAAUAUUCUGAUUGUACAGUUUAGUUAUUACAAAACAUGUGUACCUGCUAAGCAAAGCUGAGCCUUGCCAUAGUUUGUGAAUUAUGCAUGCUCUGUGUGAAUGCUUGUGCUAGAUGAUGGAUAAGUCUGACAAAUGAAAUGUUGUUAAAAGUACCAAGUAUUUUUUUAAAUGUAGCUAAGCACUGAAUUCCAGUUCAUCUACAUUGAAACACAGCACUUAACAGUAAACUAGCGGUAUUAAUCAGUCGUGAUUUAAUUCUGGUGUAAAGUCUUUUGGUCCGAUUGUAUAUAUGAUGGAAUUGUUAAGCAAAUCUAACCAGCCAACGAAACAUUAAUGUAGCAGUCCACAAUUUUAUGAAGUUUUCCACAUGCUGAUUUGAAUGUUCCCAUUUUAAGUCAACACCAGAAGAAUAUUUCUCUAGCUUCUAAUAGCCAGAAAAAGAGACGGAUGUGAUAAAACUGGAGUCAAGCAACACUAAUCUGAACAGAAGUGACCACUGAAAGUUUUCACACAGCAAUAAUAACAAUUAUAUAUAUAUAAUAUACUCUAUUUUCAUUUCACCCUAAUAUACAGAAAGCGGCUCACAAUGGAAAAUCAUUCACUAUAAGCACAGUAAGGCUUGAUUAUACAUUUAUAAUCAGUGUUAAACAUGUUAAAUGCUUUCCGCAUUUUCAUAUCCACUGACUUCGAUUUUAUGGGAACAAAAUCAGAAGGACUUGUGACAGGCAGAUUGUCCUUGAGUGUCCUUUAGUCAGCAGUGGCGGGAAUAGACGUUAGAGGUCAUCACUGACCCCUGUAACAAUGAUUCCUCUCACAAGCAGCUCCCAAGACGUAGCCUAUGAAGGUCAGUCAGUCUGUGUUGUGUCUGUGAAACAAACCAGUAGGUUCACAUUGGCAUGUAAUAGUGUAGAGCACUCCAGUCAGGCAGCUCGGAGUCCCCAGUGUCAGUUCGGGUUCAGUGUGUAUUUAACUCUCAAUGGCAUUUGGGUAUCAGCCUUAGUCAGGAUACGUUGAGCUGAAAUGUUUUGCCUAUGAAAAAUGUAUUCUUUGUUGUGGUUGUCAACUAUUGAUGUGAAUAUUAAUAAAACUGACUACAAAAAUGUG